AUGGAGAGGUCCUCUGUAUGCGAUCCAAGUGUAGAAAAAUCAGCGCAGAUGAGGGUCGAAGACACUGCAAGAGAAAAUGAUCAAGUGGAUGAGAGCCGUGUGAAUGUAGGCGAAGAAAAACCUGCACAAUUGAAGGAUUGUGAAACUACAGUGAGAAUAGGUGGCAUGAGGGUUCAGCUCGAAGCAGGAAUCUUAUGGCCAAAUUUCUGGCCUAAGCUACAUAUGGUCGGACUUGAAGAUUCUACGACUUGGGCCGAAUGGUUGGAGGAAGCUUCGCAUUUUAAAGUUAGACCCGAUGAUAUAUUUAUUAAUUCAUACCCUAAGUCAGGCCACCAUUGGACAUACGAAAUAAUAAGUCGACUAACAGCAGGUUCUGGGGGUAGAAAUACAACGACUAACAAAAUGGAUGCUUUCUUUGAAUGGCGUAGAAUAUCAGUGUUUGACAAUCUGCCAUCCCCUAGGUUGUUAUUGACACAUUUACCAUUUCAUCUGAUGCCUAAAGAAGCAUUCAAAAAGCCCUGUAAACAUAUUUAUCUUGUACGUAAUCCCAAAGACACUGCCGUUUCCUUUUACUACCACACAAAAGGCCUCAGAGCACUGGACUACGAUGGAUCUUUCUCGGACUUCUACGAAUCUUUCAUCAAAGGCGAAGUUGAGUACAACUCUUGGUUCGAUCACGUUUCCAGUUGGUGGAAAUCUACUAAAAAUCAUCCAAAUGUUCUUUGGGUUCACUAUGAAGAUCUUAAUAAGAAAUUUAUACCUACAUUGAAAAAGAUGGCGUCUUUUCUUGGAUACCAAGCAAACGAUAACCUAUUGCAGCAAAUUGCCGAAAAGUCGAGUUUCAAGAAUAUGAAAGAACAUUCGGAAAAGCAUGAUUUGAAGGCAAUGUGGAAAACAAAAGAUGGAACGAUGUUCAGGAAAGGUCAAGUCGGAAACUGGAAAGAGUAUUUCACGGUGGCACAAAAUGAGAAAUUUGAUAAGGUGUAUGAAGAUAAAAUGGCGGAUUGUCAGGACCUCCGAGUACAAUUUUCUUAACACAACUUAAGAUAUUAAAACUGAUUCAAAAAUAUGAUAUUGAAAAGAAAGUAUAACAGAUGAUGAUCUAACUUAGAUAGAUGUCAUGGUUGUAGUCGAUCCUUUGAGAAGUUCAUAUUCCCAUAUUUUUGUGGUAUCACUAGACACGACAAUUAAUUAAUCAAUAUAAAUAUAAUUCUCAAAUCGUUCCACGUGUAUUUAUUUUAAACAUAUCCCUCAUAUCGUUCCUCAUAUCUCUAUUUUAAAUAUAUAACUCAUAUCGUUUCGCAUAUAAAGUAGUUAUUGUAAAUAUAUCACUCAUAUCGUUUCUCAUAUCUCUAUUGUAAAUAUAUCACUCAU